AGUCCUGUCUGUGAUGGGUUGCACCAUAUGGUACAGAAAUAAGGGAGUUCUCAUCAAUGAAAGCCCUGAUGAAAUUUGCGUCUUCAGAUGAGGAAAGCUGAUCAGCAUUGAAAUCUCCCAUGAUGACCUUCGUGGAGUAGUUGUGCAUAUGCAUUGUUAGUUGUUCGAUGAAGUUAGAUCCUUGGAUAAAGGGUGAGUGAGGAGGGCGAUACACAACUCCCACGAAGAUGGGCAAUAUUCCCUUAGAUGUGAUUUCACAAAAAAGAUACUCUGGCUUACCCGGCUUGCCCGACCAUUCGCCGUCAGAUGAUGAGAUAACGCUAGCAGUCAGUGAAUGAUGAAUGUAGAGGGCCACACCUCCACCGUUCCUGUUUCUGCCCCGUCUGUACAAAGUGUAAUCAUCCAGUGAAGGGAUGGAUAGUAUCUUGUCACUCAGCCAGGUCUCAGUUACAGCCACUACGUGAAAGGGGGGACGAGUGGACAAGAAGAACCUGAUCAUCUCAAUGUGACCCGUAAGGGAGUUCGCAUUGAAAUGACAGACCCUAAGACCCUCAGACAGAGACACCUUGGAGGCAGAUGUCGAUGAGAUGAAUGAUUUAGAUGGUGGUUUUGGCGGGAUGAUAGGUGUGUGUCUUAGUGUGUGAUGUCCAUGCUGGCUGUUGGCGGCGUUCGGGCCAAAAAAGCCUCAAGAUCAGCAUCGGUGGAGAUCAUAGUGGCCCGCUCACUGUCCUCGCCAGAACGGAUGUAAAUUCUCCCAUCCCUCACGAAGGAACGGCAACCUUUUCUCCUCUUCGCCUCAAGCCUGGUCUUGAUGCGCAACUUAUGGAUGUCUGGAGGAAGCAGCUCGUUAAUGUUGACAAGUCCCUGGUGAUCUGGGUAGAGAGCUUUCGCUUCCUCCAGUAGUGCAUCAUCGAGUUCGCUGGUAUGAAGUUUACGCUUCCUGGCUUUGGCCACUAUGAUGGAGCGGGCCAGCGCACUGGAGGAGAGAGUGACAGCUAGGGGUGGAAAUCUGCUGUCACCUUGGGCGUUGAUGGUGUUAGCGUCGAGUCUCCCCAUGGUUCUGACGCUUGCAACAUCCCGCCUUAGGACCGUGGGGUCCAGUGCAGCCAAGACGGUAAAGGCCAGGAGAUGCAGUGACGUCUCCUGGGUGUAGGCUAGGCCGGAGAUCACCACCACAUUAUUCGCAGAGCGCUCCUGCUUCCUCUUAACCUCAGCCAGUUCACUGCGGAGGUUUUUGAUCUCCUCGGAGGCAGGAGCACUGCUGAUGUUGUGCUGCUCUGCGGGACUCCUUGACGACAGCUCUUGAUAUUGAGCCUGCAGCUCGGAGAUGGAGGACUCGACAUUGGUAAGUAGAGAAGGAUAUAAACAAUAUUCUAGAACCUGUGGGGACCAGGCAACAGUCCUUCCGAACUGCUGCCCGGUCCCCGCAGACUACAUAUUUUAUACUGUCCGUGAAUACAUCUAUAUACUAACAAAAUGCAAAACAAACAUUUAUAGACAAAUACCCAUACCCCAUCAAGUGGCGCGGUAGCGCCACGAAGGCGAGUUUGAAAAGCAGACGAAGCCGCGGCGCCGCUACACUAUUUACUUCUAUAUUGGCGUUCGGAUUUUAUAGUAUCGUAAAAAAAUGCAUAUUAUUACUGUUUUCUAUUAAAUUAUUGAAUCAUUAGCAUGUUUUUGUGCUAAACUAUGAUUCUACCAAGAAUAUUGGCAAAAAAACUGUUUCAUUUUCAAAAUAAAUGGAUGUGUAAUUCUCGAAUGCUCAAAUCAUCUCUUUAUUCCCCAGACAAAAAUGUUAGGACCGUUAAGUUUGAUUAUUCAUUAUUGCUUUUUUGUCAUUUAACCUGCUGUAAAAAUUGUAGCUUUUAUCAAGUGGCUUAUGUUUUAUUACGAUUUCCAUUAAAAAUAUUAGUAAAUAUUUAUGUAAUUAUUAUGAUGAACGAUGUGUGAUUUUGCGAUUCUCCAGACCGAAAAACGUUAGGACCGUGAAGUUUGUCACUUAUGAGCUAUAUGUAUUGGAUAUUGCUUUCCCACACACUUCUAUCAUAUCAAGUGGCGCGGAUUAUUAUGCUAGUCAUUGUAUCCAGUAUCGCAUCUUUACAAUAGAUAACAAUUUUAUCUAUUAAUUAAAAUAAAUUGUUUUUUACUAAGAGGAUUAUGGCGUCCUUUUUUACAACAAAUGAGGAAAUGUUGCAGUUUGAAGAUCGAGAUGCGACCACAAGUAUGAUAGGUUAUGUCGAUUUCAUUACGGCACCUGCUCCAUCUGGCAAAGAAAAUACUCCUUUGUUAAAAUUCACUUUAACAAAUGGUAGUAAAAGAAUUGACAUUCUCAUAUGGGACGAUGACAAUGACCUUAUCAACAAAUAUCAGAAGGACAUAUGUAUUAAUAGGAUUAUCAAUAUUAAUGGUGGUCACUGUCGUGCAACAAAGUCAACAAAGUUCCAUCAAGACAACAACCUCGUACCGUUUGAAAUAUUAGUCAAGGAAAAUACCACAAUCCAUUUCUUGGGGUAUCAUACAUUGAAGAGUUCAGCGACAGAACAAGUGCAAAAAGUCUCUUUUGAUACUAUCCACAACAUAGAAGGACUAGUUGAAAUUUCAGGUUAUAUUAGGACCCCAUUUUCCUUAAUGAAAAUAAAUUAAACUUGAGUUAGGUGAUUCUGUUACAGUAACAGGGACAGUGAAGGGGCAAGAUUCCCUCGUCACAGUUUUCUGUGAUAGUAUGGAUCAGGUAAAGUUAGAUCCUGAAGCUGUGCCAAUGACCGCAGAAAAGCUUCAACGGGGAUGUAGACCAGUUAAACGGAUUAGACCACAAUAGAAAUUUUAUGUGCUAUUAUAGAAGAUCAUCAAUCUUUAUUUUAUUUUUUUAAGUAAAUAUUUUUAGUUUUUUGUUAAAACAGAUUUAAAUAAUAAUGCAGUAAUUCACUGUGCAAGAUUAAGUAUUAAAAUACUUGUGUUCAACAAAGCAAAAUAGUUCCUAAAUAUAAAAGAUCAGAGAUUUAUUUAUAGUUAGACUAAUUACAUUUAAUGGAGUGCGUGUCAAAAUAAUACUAAUUAUGUAUAAAAGAUAUGUCAGACACUUAUAAUUAGUAUUAUUUAUCUUUAAAAGAUGUAUUAAAUUGUAACUACGACACUAUGAUACAUGAUAAAAUGUAUUAGUGUUCAUGUGCAGACGUAUUCUGCUAUUCCAUAUGUGCUUUUAAGAUUCUAAAGUUUAUUGAUACAUAAAGAUCAUUUUAUUAUAACUUUUGUAAUGAUACGACUUAGCUUGAAUUAAAAGUUCAGGAAAUAUUUUGUUAGAGUGAGACGAAAGACCAAUUUCAGUAAAAUAUAUAGUGUAAAAGCAGUUUUCAAUGUAACUACGAUAUUAUUAUGAUAAAAAAAAUUUUAUUAUAACUAUUGUAAUGAUAUGACUUAGCUAGAAUUAAAAUUUUAUGGAAAUAUUUUGUUAGAGUGAGACAAAAGACUAAUUCUAGUAAGAUGUAUAGUGUAAAAGCAUUUUUCAAUGCAACUACGAUAUUAUUAUGAUGAAAAUGUCAUACUUUAAUGUUAUAAGAUGUUAAAUCUUUGAUUUCAUGUACUUUCAUACUUUUAUAUUAUUACAUGU